AUGAAAGUAGUAGCUAUGCGCGAUCAUCGAGAUCUCAAAACAACGAGCACUACUCAGAUUUUUAGUGAUCUGAAAGCCUAUGAGUUUGAGAAGGAAGCACUGAAUGAUGAAGAGCCCGAAACAAGAAAUAUAGCCUUAGUCGCGAGUCAACAACCUUCAUCAUCAACAGUAAGGUCGAUUCCUAACCCUUCAUCUGAUUUAUUCACUGACGACCAGUUUGCUUUGUUUAUGAGAAAGUUUAAAAGAUUCAUGAGAAAGAAUCAGUCAUAUGAUUCUGCGGACAAAUCAAGAAGAUCAAAGCAUAGAAGCCACGACAAACCGAGUGGAUCCAAAACACGCGAAAAUGAAGAAGUUCAAAUGCUAUGCUACAACUGCCGAAAACCUGGACACUUCAAGGCUGAAUGUCCUUAUCCCAUUGUCAAAAAGCAUCAGGACGAGCACAACUACAAGAAGAAUUCGGGAAACUACAACAACCCGAAGAAUACAUCCAAUGAUGCUGAUGAGCAGUCAAACAAAAAUCAGAAGAAUGACAGGCGAAGAAAGGCUCUAGUUGUGGAAGAGAAAUCAGGAGAAAAGAAUGAUGAGACAUGCACGUCUAGCUCUAGCUCUGAGAGUGACAGUUCGGAAGACGAAAAGAGACUACUAUGUCUUUUCAGUCAAGAGGAUUCGGAUGAAGAGAUAUGUCUUAUGGCAGAUGAAGAAGAGGUAACUUCACAAAACCAUUCAUCUAAUUACAGUUCCGAAUCCAUCUAUCAUGAAAAUCCUAAGGAAGCAUUCGAAAGAAUGUUGAAGGAUUUUAAUGAUAUAGAAAACUCACACUUCAGACUUAAGGAAGAUAACGCUCAACUAUUGGCAGAAAGACAAGAUCUCGAGGAUUUAAAGUCCAAAAAUGCUGAGAUGCUUGAAUAUAUAAGCCAGCUUGAGAAGCAAAUUCAUCUCCUUAAGGAAGAGUACCCUUCUACCAGUGGAGGAUUAAGUUCUGUUUUUGUCCAAGGACAAACCGAAAACCUUGAGCCUGUGAUUAACGCCGAAAAUGGAACAGAACCACAAUCAACGAGCCAAUCUAAUGAUUCGGCUGAAACACGAAUUGUGGAACCUACGAGAGGGAACUCCCAAAAUGGUAACCCGAGAAGUCAUCAGAUCCCUCGGUACAGACCUCGCAUGCAAAACCAUCAUGGUUUCGUUGCAAAUGGUCAACCACAUGGGAAUAACCGAUCUAAAGGAAAAUUCCAAGGCAAUAAGAGGCAACACUAUUCACAGAGGCAACGCAAAGGUAGACCUCAGGGAAGACCGAACUCUUACCCAAAUAGUGUCAAGAAUUUCAAAAAGUUUCCCAGCAAGCAUAACGGCGGAGAUGGUAGACUAUAUCCCAGUGAUGAGGACUAG